AUGUUUAUGCGUCUUUUUGAGGGGAGAAGGGCUGCUUGGAUGCAAGCUUGUUAUUCAGUUGGGCCUUCACAUAAAGCAAUUGUUCGGCUCGCGGACCUGGUUUGGGCAUCCGUGUUCAAGUACCUAUACAAGGAUACUGAGUGCUCUUUCACUUGA